ACGGCCGAGUCUCUUCCAGCCCUGACGGCCUGCUCCUGGAGCCACAGCACAGGAGCCCGGGGCCUUACACAGCAGGAGAGGGAGGGGAGCUACAAUGUGAGUAUUACUGAGGCCUCUGAGAAGGAUGCUGGAGACUACAGCCUGUGCUGUGGAUCCAACAGCACACGCUCCUGUGUGGCAUUUACUGUCCACGUGAAACUGAGACACCCAUCUACACCACAGCUGAAAAUGCUGCCUGGUGGGGACGGAGCAUCCUCUAAGUAUCAGUGCAGUUCAGAUGGUUUCCCUGAGCCAGAAAUCAGGUGGAUCCCCUCGCCACCCAGAGUGAAAACAUCCAGGACCCAGGCAGGCACAGCAGUGAGUGUGGUGUCCAGUUACCACUUCUACAAGACUCGUCAGGUGUUGUGCUGUGCUAAAAAUGCAGAGGGAGAAGAGUGUUCCAAACUCCUCACUUACGAUCUGCAGACUCCUCCCUCCCCUGACGAGAUUCCUGUGGUCACCGUGACGCUCGGUCAGUCUCUGCUGCUUCGCUGCACCACCUCUCCAGCAGGGAAAGGGUUACAGUGGCUGUCCGACAGAGGAGGGCUCCAGAGAUCCAAAUUCUUUGAGGACACAGGUGACAGCUUGAUCUGCUACCUGUUCAUUGAGUCUGUGGGUGAGGAGGACAGUGACACCUACACCUGUCGGUCCGACGACAACAGAAACAAGUCCACCCGUGUCCAGGUGCUGGAGCGAGGGUUCCUCAGCAUCCUGCAGCUGAAUGAGCUCAACACGGUCUCCGCCAGGGAGAGCUUCUGCUUCACAGCGGUGGUCUCCGCCCACCCCGAGCCGCGCUGCCAUUGGAUAACUCCAAAUGGGACUGUGCCCUGCCGAGAGAGCAGGACAUUCUGGGGGAACAGAACCUAUCAGUUGUGUGAUCCUGCUCCAGGGCUCUAUCAGUUUCAUGUGGAGAACAGUGAACAGCAUGUCACCAGGAACAUGAGCCUCUGUUUGACAGACACGCCCAUUGUACAUCUCAUCCAGGAAACACACAGGUUCACCUGCACAACCAACAGCACCCUGCCGCUGGUCAUUACCUGGCACACCUGUCCUUCCUCUGCCAACUGUCUGGAGGCGUCAUCCUGGAGAAUCACCCAGGAGCGCCACCUACAGGUGUCCGAUCUGGACGCGUUCUGCCAGAAGAGAGCAUCCAGCUCCAUGGUGCUGGCGGAUCUGCAGGACAGCAUCAGCAUCAAGUGCUGCAUCCAGAACUCCGUCAGCUCAGGAUGCAGCCCGGAAGCUCACCUGCUGACAAGCCCCUCGCUCUUUGUUCAGCCCUGGAUCAUCACUCUGUUCACUCUGCUGCUGGUCUGCAUCACCCUGCUGCUCACCGUCAUCCUCUACAGCAGGAAGUAUGACGUCAUGUCUCCUCAGAAGCCUCAGUAUGAGAGCCAGCUGCGUAUGCUGCAGAUGGUGGACAACGACUACAUUUACAUCGACUUCAAGGACUUCCAGUACGACCGCAGCUGGGAGUUUCCCCGGGAGAACCUGGAGCUGGGGAACGAGCUAGGCUCCGGAGCCUUCGGGACGGUGGUGGAGGCCACAGCCUACGGCAUCAGCAAACCGGGUGUCUCCGCGCAGGUGGCGGUGAAGAUGCUGAAAGAGAAGCACCAGGCUGUGGAGAAGGAGGCCCUGAUGUCAGAGCUGAAAAUGAUGAUUCACAUCGGCAGCCACGUCAACAUCGUGAACCUGCUUGGGGCCUGCACUGACUCAGACCCCGUCUACCUGAUCUUCCAAUACUGCGCCAAAGGAGACCUGCUGAACUACCUGCGCAGCAACAGAGAGCGCUUCCACCAGUCCCUGACCGACAUCUUCACCAAGAACCGCUUCAGCUGCCUCUACCACAACUUCCAAUCUCAGCACCCCCACAGGGAUGGCCCCGCCUCCUUCCAAAGCCCCUAUGUUCCCAUGGCGUCCAGAGAGACAGAGACAGAGCAGCUCCUGGGUCAGAACCCGUCCUGCAUGGACACCACUGACGGGUUUUAUGAAAAGUCUGAUUCAUCACCUGCUGAAGAGCUGCAGGUCCUGACUUACGACGACCUGCUGAGCUUCUCCUAUCAGGUGGCCAAAGGCAUGGAGUUCCUGUCCUCAAAGAACUGCAUUCACAGAGAUCUGGCUGCCAGGAACGUGCUGGUGACACACAACAGGACUGUGAAGAUCGGGGACUUCGGCCUCGCCAGGGACAUCGAGAACGACUCCAACUACGUUGUCAGGGGAAAUGUGCGGCUCCCGGUGAAGUGGAUGGCUCCGGAGUCUCUGUUCCAGGGAGUUUACACCAUGCAGAGCGACAUCUGGGCUUACGGCAUCCUGCUGUGGGAGAUCUACUCUCUGGGUGUGACUCCGUAUCCCGGGAUAAAAGUGGAUCAGAAUUUCUACCUUCUGAUUGAGAAUGGGUAUCAGAUGGACCGACCAUACUACGCCAGCUCGUCUGUGUACCAGAUCAUGCGUCUGUGCUGGGCGCUGGAGCCCCAGGAUCGACCAGCAUUCUCCAAACUGGUGGCCUGCAUGGAGACCGAGCUGGAGGAUGUGGAGGAGAAGCUGUACUCCAACAUCACAGGAAGCAAAUCCAACGCGUACCAUAACAUCUGUCUGACCUCUGACCUCUGUCCGCCCAGCGACGACUGCAACAUCAGCACAUCCGGAGAGCCGGAGACCCCCUGACCUCUGUCUCCAUGGAUACGCCUCUAUAGCAGCACGACUCAGUUAGACAACAUGUCUUCCACCUGUAGCCUCAGGGGCAGCUACGAUAACCCACACAUACUCAGGCACACACACACACACACUCACACAUACAGACACACACAC